AUGACAAGGCAUAUAAGAAUAAAACACCCUAAGAAAUUGAAGUCGCCGAUCGAAAAAAGCCUACGUGGCAUCGGAAAAGUUUACGGGUCAGAGUCCAGGCGAUCGGUGUCGCUUAUACCGAUGGACGUCAUCCGUGACCAGUUGGGUCCAUAUUGGGAUGAUGUACCCUACCGAAAAAUCGCCUUCAAACUUUGUGUGAUGGGGCGCAUCAAAGCGUAUGGAGGUUCUUGGGGUCUACCCGACGCCCCGACGAUCGAGGACCCGUUCGCCCCUUUCAGGUCGAAAAACUACGAGGAUGAAAGAAUAUCAACGGCUAAGUGUUACGUUUCACCAGUGGUACAACCACAUCCUGUAUCAUCUUCACCCGAAAUCACGGUCCGCGAUGAUAACGUCGCGAUAACGGAGUCGCAAUCGCCGUACAAGCAAGUCAGAAAGCAGUUGGCUGAUAAAGGGUACCAAGAUAGACUCCUCGAUAAUCAUCCAAUUAUUGUGCUCCACUCACGGUACCUUGAAAUGGGCCACGAAAAAGACUCUCAAGCGUGCAAAAACUAUAUUGCAAACGUUUCGAGAGUAUUAAAGUUCGUUUCCACGGGGCAAAGGGUUAUGAAGCUGUACGAGGACGUUAAUCGUAUUUAUGGCUCACAACUCUCCGCAGGUGUAUUAAAAUCAAAAUUGUCGGCAUGCGUCUUCCGACGGAUGAUCGAGACCAAGUCCCGAGGUCACCACCCGGAAGUCGGUAAAGCCGUAGCAGCGUGCCUCCAGCAUGGAGAGAGCACGGCUUUAAAGUUUUACCGCCUUCCGGAUGCGAGCGAAGCCAUCCGCCGCCAGGAAAGGAUAAAUAUGGUGGACAAAACGGCGGCUUUCGAGCAAGAAGUGAUGGAAAACUUCGUCGAAAUAUUUGGAAAUGAACCUUACGUGAACAUGACGAAGUCUCUAAUACAAGAGAAGCUGCGGGGUUCAGAUGAGAUUACAACAAAUAGUGGAGCGGAGAUCACAGCGUCAUUUGUAAGAGCCUUAAAAACAAGGUAUGAUAAUUCAGUCGAAGAGGGACGAAUCGACAUAUUGUAUGAAUUGGCCAUACAAGAUUACGACCGCACCAAUAUUUCAAAACAGGCCAUAAUUCAAAUAACGAAAGAAAAUCGAAUCCAUUAUUUCAUCCACGGUGACAAAGACCGAAUAGUAAAGGCAGUCAUGAACAGAGUAAAAAAGGUUUAG